GGAAUAGUCGCCGCAUCGGAUCUUCUAUAAUGACUAGACCAUUUAAUGGGGAGUCUGUUCCUGUCAGACCUGGGUAUCUCUCACAGGCGCUUUAUCAUUCUCGCUGAAAUUAUUUCUUUAGCUGAACCAGAUACCGUCAGUUGAGAUCCAACACAACCGGCUCCUCUCUCCUACGGAGGUAUACGCGCAUACGUACCAUACAUCUUCCGUCGCUACAACAUCAUUCUUCAUAGCUAGCUGUAGUUAACUGCUAGUAUGUCAACAGGAGGAACUAGAACAGUGCGUCCUGGGGGGAGUAACCCCACGGGUGCUCCAGCUCUCUCUGCUGGCACGCAAUCACCAAACACAUUCUCCAUUAAAGGAUUCAAGAUUACGACUCAGAAGUCACCCAUUUUGAAAGCUGGGCCGAUAGAGGAGAUGACCCAAAAGCUCGGGAUUACGGUACCUGAGAUGAUCUUUGGUGAUAACUUUGUUGCCAUUGAACAUGAACCUAGCGGCUGGGGGAUUGAGUUCAACGCAUUUGAUGCUUUAGACCGUGUCGAUAAGACAGGUCAAAAAAUGUUGAAAGUCGCAUAUUCACACGAGUGGCAAAAAAGCAGAGAGACUACCCAUGAGGGAAUAAAGGAAAUCGUGAAACCGUUUGACUGGUCCUACAGCACAGAUUACCAGGGUACCCUGCGUCCUACGGCUCCGCCGUUCACGAAGUCUCAAGACCCAAUUCCUAUCGAGCUACUGAAGCGCCCAGACCCUAUUCUGUUCUUCGACGACGUGGUCCUAUACGAAGAUGAACUUGCGGACAAUGGCAUUGCCAUGUUUUCCUGCAAGAUUCGGGUGAUGCCUGCAAGGCUUUUAUUGCUCGCAAGGUUCUUCAUGAGACUCGACAACGUGAUCUUCAGGAUACGAGAUACAAGAGUGUAUGUUGACUUCGACACAAAAGAGGUCACCAGGGAACACCAGUUUAGAGAAUGUGAAUAUGAGAAGGUUAGAAAGUCUCUAGCAAGUAUAAGGGAGGACGUCCCUGCUGUUAUGCGAGACCCGAACAGGCUUUCUCAGAUAAUCCCGCUCGUCGAUGCGAGCCUAGAAAAGGUCGCACUCGGGGCUUGAUGGGAUUAUGGCCAAACAGCCAUCUGAAACAACAUCGCAUUGGUGGUUUCCUCUGCCAAACAACAUCUCACAUCUAUUCUUGACUGAUUUGGCAGGAUUAGCUUGCGACGUAACAUGUAGUCGCAAUUAGCCAAGCUCAAGAAGGGAGAAGCCAGUCGACUUAUGGCAGCCGUCUCAGUUGAUACGGCGCUUUCAGAAGCUGACGAGGACGCAGAAUCCCAAGAUGCAGAUCCUCUAGCAUGAGACUGAGGCGAAGGCAACAUCACCUAACAGAUAGAGCGAGCGUCAGCGUUCCUAGUAUUAGUCGAUACUAAUGCCGCGGACAAUCGGGUCUCCGUCAUUCGCGGGCUGCGAAACGGUGUUAAAGUUCUUUCAAACAAUGCAAACACAAAUAUCAAGAA